UUCCGGAUCACGUGACCACUGCCUUCAUGAUUCAUACGUGGGUUCCUCAUCCGGCUCCUGAGACGUGUUUAUACCGCCGCCAUAUUGCAACGGGGUUCCUCGGGUCAGCCCAAAAUAACAGAACAUGCCAGACUUCUGUGCCGCUCUCGGGUGCUCUAAUCAAAGGAACGCCAACACCAAGCAGCAGGGAAUAACUUUCCACAGGUUCCCGAAGGACAAAGUUAAAAGGCAGUUAUGGAAAAUGGCCCUGAAGAGAAGAGACUUUGAGCCAAAUGACCGCUCGGUUGUCUGCAGCUGUCAUUUUAAAGCAGAAGACUUUGACAGGACUGGACAGACAACUCGUUUAAGAGAAGGAGUGAUCCCAUCAGUUUUUUUAUUUACAAGACAUCUUGGCAAGGCACAUACUGCAACCAGAACAAGCAGGACCUCUCAGAAAGCUGCAGAAGAACCCCCACAGGUGCAGGCUGUGGAGCAAACAGCAUCUGAUCAUCAGUAUGCUCUAGACCCAGUGCAAGUAAAAAAGCGGUUAAAUGAGGCCCGGGAGAAGUUGGAAGAAUUGCGUCGGGACUUAAGAAAUGCUAAGGAUCGGGAAAGAAGGCACAAAAAGACAGUAAAAAGCUUGCUGGAGGAUUUGAAACACAAACACAUGCUCUCAGAAGAACUGCAGCAAAGACUGGAUGAUAUUCUGCUUGGCUAAACUGUGGCCUCUCUUUGUCGCUCCACUGGCCUGCGAUGUUCCUAAAAAAACAAAAAAAACGUUGCUCAGAUUUGAUAUUAAAGUUCUUAAAAAAACAGUGUUUCCGUGACAACAUGUGGGUUAUAUUAGUGUGAUCCUUUGUAAAUGUUCAAAAUAAAAUCUAUAACACUUUUUUAAAAACCAUAACAAGUGAAGUGAUAAACAGUGAUAGAAGUUUAUCAAACAACAUUCAUACUGGAAGCAAAGGAACCUCUCACUCAUGUCUCAUUAAGUGCUCGUCAGCAAGCAGUUGACUGCUUUGACAAACGUAGCAGCACAGGUCGCUGUGUGCUGCUGUUCCAGGCUUUAGAGCAAUUUAAUGGAAUAAUCUGACAAAUAAUCUGACCUGCUGUGUUGUGGUUUCAAGGCCUGAUAUUGCACAUAACCUAAGUAGUCUUGCGGACACAGCAUGCUAACGAUGUCUUAGUCAGGAGCGUCUAAGAUCCACUCCAGAAGGCUCGGCUUGUAUCUCAGGGCAGAGUUGUGAAUAAUCCCGCAGCUUUUUACUUUCACAUUAGAUUUUAUGUGACUAUUAUCAAUUCUUUCCCGUUUUGUUGAACUAUUCCAUUGUCUGCUACACAAACCCAGAUUCUUAAGCAUCAACAAGCUGUUCUUUUAAGCUUGGUUCAUGCG